GCCUGUCUGGUGGGGGAGAUCCACAAAAGUUACUUAGACAAGUUCAGCUCUAUGAUUCGGACAGUUGGUUCGUCGUAACCAUCUCGUAUCAUCCAUCUCUUAGAAAUCAAGCGUAGAUAUUAUGGCGGAUAAAGAAAAGAAGAAGAAGACCAAGAAGAAGGAAGAGGCAGCGGCUCCUGCACCCGAGCCCGAGCCGGCGCCAGUUGAGGAGAAGGCGCCAACACCAAAGGAAUCUGGCUCUGCUAGAGCAAGCAGCCGCGGCAGUCGCAAGGCUAAGCGUAGCGGCUCCAGCGUCUUCUCCAUGUUCUCUCAGAAACAGGUGGCCGAGUUUAAGGAGGCAUUCCAGCUAAUGGACGCGGAUAAAGAUGGUAUCAUCGGCAAAAAUGAUCUUCGCGCAGCCUUCGACUCUGUCGGCCGACUCGCGACCGAUAAGGAGAUCGAUGAAAUGCUCAACGAAGCUGCCGCGCCCAUCAACUUCACUCAAUUGUUGAACUUGUUCGCUGUCCGUAUGUCAGGAUCAGGUGCCGAUGAGGAUGAUGUUGUAAUCAAUGCCUUUAAGACGUUCGACGAAAACGGCAAAAUUGAUGGCGAAAGGUUAAGGCACGCUUUAAUGACAUGGGGCGAAAAAUUUACGCCCAAAGAAGUCGAUGAUGCGUUUGAUCAGAUGUACAUCGAUGACAAAGGUUUUAUUGACACCGCGAGUUUAAUCGCCAUGUUGACCGGCACAGGCGAGGAAGAGGAAGAAUAAGAUCGACUGGAGUUAUGUCCUCGAGAUGGAAACGUUCCUCGAUUUAUGAAGCCUCGUAUUAACGUCAGAUUCGCACAAUUCUCCUCGAAAGAGAACAGAUACUUUUUUUCUCUUUUGGUAAUAUUUAAUUUAAUUAAUGACAAAAGUAUGACAACGACAAAAUAAUUACCGAAUUGUUCGAUCUAAACGGACCAAAGACUGUCUCUCUUUCAUUCUUUUAAUGUCUCUGUCAAAAUCAUUUCGUCCUUUUCUUUUCGUUUCUCUUAUUAUUUUUUUUCUCGCUCUCGCUAACUUUUAUUUUCCUUUCUAUCUCUUUUUUAUUCUGCUUUUCUCUCUCUCUCUUUCUCUCUCUGAUUAUCUGUCUAUAUUUCUUUCUUACUAUCUAUCUCUCUUUGUCACUUUAAUUUUUCCUCUUUUCAUUUCUCUUUCAAUCUUUUCUUUUCCUUCUCUUUUUGCCUCUUUCUUCAUCUUUCCCUUCUUGGUCUUGUGAACGCUGCUAAUUUUAGAAGAAAUAACAAGAUAUACAGUCGAUUUUGACACAUUUCUUCUGGGUACAAGCAUAUGUCUGUCGAUAAACGAAGCUUCAUCAUGCCAUUUUAUCGUUCACAUAAUAAAAAUAUAUAAAUAAAGUUCUACAAAAUUCUCUAAUUUCGAUCUGCUAUUCUGUCGACAGAAUUGGCUUAGAGAGUCUCAGAGACAAUUCGUAAGACACAAACAUUAAAUCUCGUGUUGAUUCACUCAAGUAUAGAAAUACAUUGUCAUAUAUAAUCGCUGCUCCCCAUUUUUUUAUUAUAAAUAUACCUUAGAUGUUACGUUCUACAUACGAAACGAUAUCAGAAAAAUACAUUGAAUGUAUUAUUAAUGUAACACGGUAUAUAAUAAAGGAAUCAUUGGUGGCGAGAAUAUUUAUAACUGAACGAAUAAUAUAUAUAUAUAUAUAUACUAAUUGUAAGAAACUUUGAACAAAGACCAUUUAUUUUUUACUCUGCACAAAUUAAAACGCUCGUCCUAUCUACCUUCUUAUUACGUCUGCAAAUUUGUUAAUAAAUAUUUGAGAUACGCGAA